AUGGCUUAUGUCGAAGUGCUAAAAGAAAUUUUAUCAACCGGUUUUAAUGCUAAUAAGUUUUUCAAAAAGACCGAAUUUACGUAUAUUCAAAAGAAACGGGCAGAGGAAGCCCUAUUUGACGCGUUAGAGGCCAUUGUAUCUGAGAAUGGCGAACAAGCCGUAAAAGCUCAAAAACUGAUCGCCAAUUUUAGCGAGGUUGUCAACUCUGCAACUGCACUAGGCUUUUGGAAUGUUCUCCGCAUUCGCGAAGAGAAAGUUAAUACUCAAACUGCACAAAUUAUAUUACAAGAAAAAGAAGAACAAAAUGCUUGUCAAAUAAGAUCUAAUAUGUUAAAUGAGCAUAUUCAAGUAUUAGAAAGAAAAAGACGAAAUGCGGACGAUUAUGGAGAAGGAUUAUCAACUCCGCCAACUAAGGAUUUCUCGUCAGACUCCGACUCUGAGAUUAUAUCAGUUUCUCUUACGAACAUCUUUCUUGAAACUUCUGUCGAGCUUGAGAGGAUUCCAGACCAGACAGCCGAAUCGGAUGCACCUCGCAUUCCCCCUCCCCGUCAAGCUCAAAUUCAGUUUAAUAGUGAGGACAACGAUUUAUAUUAUCAAUAUGAGAACGAGAAUGCAUCAGCCGAGGUUCAAGACCUCAUCGCAAAGAUGAAAAAUGUAGAUCAUCGUCUUUUUGAAUAUCGUAUUGUCAACCUCUCCGAAAAAAGUCUCGUAGACCCAAUAAAUAAAGUCUUUUCGGAUGAUGAUAAAAAAAGAAUGAGAAAAUUCUGGGAAGUGGUAAAGAGUAUAAAGCCUCUAAUUGACAAGUAUGCGCUUGCUGUUGAGGUGAAGCCAGAAUUAGUUUUUGAUGAUUAUGUGGAGCUAUCAUCAACAAAAAUUAUCUUCAAAAUACCAUUCGAAGACGAGUUUGAUUUCAAAAAACAUUAUGACAUGUUAUGGGUACAAGAUAUCUAUCAGCGAUUUAUUUUCUUGUUCGCCUCUUCUUUUAACAUGCUUCGCGAUGCAAAUACAUUGGAGAUAGCUUACAGAGAAUCAUUUGUUAAUCCUAUAAUUCCCAAGGCAUUCGAGGAUAUGAACGACAAGAUCAGUGGAGAGAUAGAGAGCGCAUUACGUAAACAACAUCGAAACCAGACAAAAGGCCAAAAGCCUCGGGUAAUGCUUGGGUCAAAUCAUGACGGGAUUCUAAAGAUUUACAUGAAUGCAAGUGAGAUAGAGAUUGGAUUCUUAGAGGUUGUAGGGAACGCAAUGGUUGUGGAUCUUAAAAAAUGUCGUGAAGAUCUGGAGAAAUUGUUUAAGGUGAUGCAGUUGUCAAUAUUUUACCAGCGACAGCACCAACUACGACGUAAUGCAACAGAAGAACAACUUGACUGCCUUCAAAGUUUUGGUGUAUUUGUGUUCCAGCGUGAGACAACAAUCUACACAAUGCACCGUUAUAAAGGAGGUUUGCACAUUGUUGACAUCCUUACAAACUUCACGAUUCCGGACAACAAGGACCAGGCAUAUGUGCUAGAUGAAAUCGUAGAAAAAGUUUAUUUUUUUAAGAGCCGUGUAAUGGAUUAUUACCUUAAGUUGCAGGAAAUCUCGCGGAAGGCGCAGAAAUAUACUCCCUCAAAUGAAAAUCCGUUAGAAGCGUCACCAGCAAAAAAAAAACAAUUGCAAAACGAAUCAAGGAUAGAGGAAAUAAUUCCCAAGAAAUGA